AGCAGUCUAGUAUAAUAUAAAAAUUCGUGAUCGGAGCAUGGAUCACAGUCGACACGAUCAUUUGUGUUUCACGAGUGCGAAGAGUUGCAGAGUUUCGUCGUCGGUAGAGAGCGAACAAUGCGAAUAAGUGACAGUAAUGACCUUGUGAAAUUGUAGAAUUGAUAAAAAACGAAUGUGCGAUAGAGAAAAUGAAGCAAUCGCGCGCGGUGUGUUUUUCGUGCCUUUAUAUUCAAUGUAAAGUUUGACAAUCGUAAAUCAGCGCAAACUCGGUUGUGCGGAGUGUUUGCAUCGACCCGACUGUCGUACGCUAAUUUGACAGGUGGUGCUUGUUACACCUGUUAUCCGCGUGCUUUGAGCUUAGCGCGAUUUUAACGCUGUCGCACUAUGUUCGCUACCUUGAAGAAUAAGAUACGUGAGGAAAUCGGGAGUGACGUGUCCACCGUUAUCAGAAAUGCCGGGAGUAUACGCGCCAUUAAUUCCAAACAUGUGUCUCAGACAGGUUCUACAAGUAGUGUUAGUGGUUCUCAGGUAUCAUUAGAUGGAUUGAGGGAAGAAAAUACAUCUCCAUUACCAUCAGUUUCAUCAAAAGGAGAGAAUAGUCUUAAUGAUGGAAUACAAUUAUCCACAAAAGAUAUAAAAAAGUAUGAAAAUAAGGAAGAUGAAUGGAGGAAACGUUUAGCAAAGAAAGAGGCAGAAAUUUUGAAACGAAUGGAAAAACAAGAAGAAGAAUGGAAAGUCAGGCUUUUUGAAAAAGAGAAAGAAUGGAAAAAAAUCAUAGAAAAACAGGAGAAAGAAAAACGGAAAUUAGAAGAAGAGAUAAAAAAGAUAGAAAUAGCAAAACAGUCUUUAGAGCAUGCUCUGAAGGAUGCAGAAGAAUAAAAGAAGUUGUACAGCUUUCAAGAAGAUGCAGAACAACUGGAAGGUUUUCAAACACAAGAGAUGGCAAAAGUUAAACAUCUUUUAUUGGCAAAAGAACAGGAAGUAGAGGAAAAGACGUAUCAUUUGAAAGCUGCUACAGCGGAAAUAGAAAGCCUGAAAACAGAAGUUUCUCGUCUCAGACGAUAUGAGGACGAAUUAAACAAUAUACAAGAUGAAAUGGAAACGAUGCGUCAUUCUACGCAGCGAGAGAAAGCGCAGCUUUCCUGUCAAUUAGCACAGACGGAGGAGGAAGUACGUCAUCUAAAGGACAAAGUAUUCGUGCUGGAGCAAAGGAUCGCUCUAGAGACGAACGAUCAUGUGACAGUUGACGAAAGAAUAGCCGAUCUAAUGCGCGAGAGAACAUUGUUGGAAAGGAAAUUGGAAGAGGCGCAUCUUCAUCUCUCCGAUAUAAAGACUUGCUGGUCGGGCAAGAUUUCUAGUCUUGAAACGCAAGUUGGCAGACUUAGUAGACAAGUAGGCGAGGAAGGACUGGAGCGCAGACAAGUCGAGCAGGAGAAAGAGAAACUUAAACACAAAAUCAAACAGCUAGAAGCCGAGAUAGAGGUGAACAAUAUUGUUAUAGCGACAAAAGAUGCUAAGCUUUUGCGCAUGACAGAAGACAUUGACGAGAUGGCUACGGAACUGAAAGAGCUCCGGGCCAGCGUUGAUGACGAGGUGGAAGAAUUUAAACGCCAAAUUGAAUCUUCCUCAAAACAAAUUACUCAGCUGAAAUUGGAUCUCGAGAAUACGACGAGCAAACUCAGUGCUGUUACUAACGAGUUAGCAAAUCUUCGAUCAUCCUUGGAAAGGGAACAAUCGAAUAAUUCUUCUUUACGUCUAGAACUGGCAAAUCUGCAAGAAAUGCUCGAAUCCGAACGAUCAACUACAGCGAAACUGCGAAUUUCCUAUGACAAAGAGAAAGAUGAGAAGGAUGCUGCUUUGCUGAGGAAUGCCCAGGUAUCUCAAGACAUAGAAAUUGUGAAACAGGAGAAUCGGCAGCAGGAGAUCGAGAACGCGGAGCUGCAGAGUAGAGUAGAAAAUCUGGAAGAUCAUCUAGUUAGUAAAGUGAAAGAAGCAGAGCAAGCGGCAAUCACAUUAAAACAAUUUGAGCAGAAAGUUGCAAAACUGGAAGAAGCAGAACAUAAUAGGGAAAAGAUGGAAAGAAAUGAGAGAAUACUUAAAAGCAAUUUGUUAGAUCUGGAAGAACAAUUAAGUGAGAAAAAUAAGACAAUCAAAGUUUUGCAACAACGGUUAACCGAUAUGAAAAAAACGCUUCAACGCGAGUUGAAAAUUCCGUUCUCGUCGUUGGACAGUGACGCCGAAGCUUCUGCAGCUAUUCUUAAUCCGAGUUCAUCCAAAACCGUUACUGCCAAGCAUAAUAAUUCGAGGGAAGAUGAUGUUAAUUUUAAAUACCUCAAACAUGUUCUCAUCAAAUUCCUCACUAGCAGAGAAUAUGAGGCUCUACAUUUAACGAGGGCAGUGGCGACAUUGUUACACUUUUCACCAGAGGAAGAACGUCUACUUCAGGAGACUUUAGAAUGGAAAAUGUCAUGGUUUGGUACCAGGCCUAACUUAGGAUUUGGACAAACUGCCAAAGCUAUACCACCCAGCUGAUAACUACAUAAUGUUUCGUACUUAACGAAACGUACUAGAACAAACGUAAAUUCUUGUUUGAAGUGAUGAAUAUGUAAAUCACUUCAAACUGAAGUGAUUUACAUAUUAAAAAAGCGACGACUAAUUUAAAGGAUAUAAAAAAUAAUUAGAAGAAUUAUAUAAAGUCAUGAAUGAUGAUUUUACAAAAUUUAAUAUGCACAUUUAACAUUUGUGCAAAUAUAAUAAACAAACUAUCAUAAAUGGCUAUGUGUAUGAAACUUCAUUGUGGUAAAAGAUGGAUUUGUGAAAUUUGAGAAGAUUUUAUGAUCAUCAUCAUUAAUUAUUGAUUUAUUUCAUAGAUUUGUUAAUAUAUAUAAUACUGAAGUGCAAUUUUGAUUGCUAAACUGAACUAUGCCUGCGUGGAUUGUGAUACUUUGCGCAUGUAUAAAUCAUGAUACAAAAAUGUAGUUCUGA